ACACUAUAUACUUUAUUUAGUAUGGAAAACUUUAACAAUAAAGACAACAGCCAUGCAGCACUAUACUGAACAAGCUCAUUAAAUAUCAUCUUUUCCUAAGCUUUUCAAACAUAUAUGCCACGCUCUUAAAUGAUUAAUUAUUCCGGCUCCCCUCUGUGCGAGGAUAAUAACAAGGUCGUGAUUGAGUUACAAUGCACAAUAGGAGAAAAAAGUCGAGCUUUGUUUAAUUGUUCCUUGACAGGGUCAGAGGGGAUUGUGCGAUAGGCUGCAGGGCUGUCAGAGCUGUUGGAGCGCUGGGAGUGACACCAAGGUGACCGAGGGGAGGCUGUAUAAAUUGCUGGCGCAGGGCAAACCACUCCAGAGAGGAGAGCAUCAGCCAGAGUCUUCUGUGUGACCUUUCCCCUUUCCGCGCACGACCACAGGCCAUUACAGUGAUGACUGCGAAAGCAGAGCUAUCAAGCUGGACUGAGUACCCAGAGGAUUUCACCCUGCAGCGCAACCUGACCCAGAUCAACUCCAAGACAUGGAUUUCUUCUAAAUCUCUCCAUGCGUUCUCCAGGAGGGACGCGCACGGAGCUGUAGACGCAAGCCUCUCACUGGACAAACUUGCGCCAAUGAGUAAACUUCCUGACUGCGUGUCCGCUACAUGCAUCACAGAGGCAGAUUCUGACAAGGCAGCAGAGGGAGGCAAGGUGAGCCACUUUGGACCCCAGAAACACAGGCGCGUCGCAGCCAACGCCAGGGAGAGGAGGAGGAUGCACGGCCUGAACAAAGCGUUUGACGAGCUGAGGAGCGUCAUCCCCAACAUGGAAAACGAGAGAAAGUUGUCCAAGUAUGACACCCUUCAAAUGGCGCAGAUUUACAUCACAGAGCUGUCGGAGCUCCUGACCGGUGUGGUGCACCCGGAGUGCAGGAGUCCCCGUCCAGGCUCAGCGGAGAAGACCGCCAGAAGGAAUCUGAUUCACUCUCUCCCGAACCCGCUGGCCGGAGAACAGCGGGAGCCGUGUGCCCCCGUUGGCCACCUUAUAAUACUUGGCUCUACAUCUGACUUGGGGUCAAAUAACUCAACGACUUCUGACGGGGAAUCUUCGCACCUCAGUGACAUGGAGGAAAGUCAGAAUGGAAGACGCUAAGAGAAAAGCACCGACUUCUCACUGUUUACGCUGCUGUGUCUGUUCAAGAAGGAGCCAGGAGAACCACAAUUUAGGCUACAUCUUCUAGAAAUGUUGAUCACGUGAGACAGUCCUGUCAUUUAUAUAGCUUAGAUAUU